AUUUUUCUGUAUUAUCUUCCCUUCAUCUUUUCAAUCUUUUUCUUAAUCUUACCAAAAUAAGAUAUAGGUUGAAGUAACAAAUCAAUUCUUUUAUCUAUUUUUAUUAUACUCAAUAUAAAACUUUUUUGUCAGUCACUUUGAUUGUUGCUUUUCUAUUUAUGUGGGGUAAGAACUAGAGAGCCUGGAAGGGAUAAAAGAUGGAAGAGACUUCCAGAUGCUAAGGAAAUAAAAACAGUAGGCUAGGUUUGUGGUGAGAGUAUAAAGAGUGUGAUAGAUCAAACAAUCAAGAGAUCCUCUGCGUCUUUGCCCUAGGGUUUUCGGAAAUUUUCCAUUUUUGUAGCUUUUUGGUUCCUUUUGUUUAUCUCGUCGUCAGGUUAUGUGGAAUGUUCCCAGAAAACUUGAGAUCUCUUUGUUGCUUCCACCCAUAAAAAUUUCAUUAGGUUUCUAGUUUUUAAUUUUUCUUGUAAAUACUGUGUUUAAACACCGUCUCUCUGGGUUUUUUCCGAUUUACUGGACAUGGUGAGAGGAAAAAUUCAGAUGAAAAGAAUUGAGAAUACUACUAGCCGGCAAGUGACUUUUUCUAAGCGUCGCAAUGGGCUGUUGAAGAAGGCUUAUGAGCUAUCAGUUCUUUGUGAAGCGGAAGUUGCUGUGAUUAUCUUCUCACAGAAAGGAAGAGUCUAUGAGUUCUCUAGCUCUGGGAUGCAAACGACAACAGAUCGAUACUUCAAAUACACAAAAGAAGUACAUGCUAACGAAUCUGAAUCGGAAGAAUACAUACAGCAAGUGCAGCAUGAUAUAGCUAACAUGGUGAAGGAGAUUGAACAGAUUGACGUUGCUAAACGGAAACUUUUAGGGCAAGAUUUGGGUUCGAGUAGUGUUGAGGAACUCGAAGACAUAGAUGGCCAGUUGGAAAGAAGCUUGCGCAGCAUUCGGGCGAGAAAGUCUGAACUGUUUAAGGAGCAGAGAGAGCAACUAAAAGCAAAGGAGAAACUCUUGCUGGAAGAGAAUGCAAGGUUAAGCUUGAAGUUGUGUACAAAGCCAUUUGAGGCAUCAACUCUAAAGGAAGGUUUUACCCAUAAGAGCCAAAGCUCUCAGAGUUCAGAAAUGGAGACUGAAUUGUUCAUCGGACCAACUGAAAUACGUUUCUUUUAGCAAGAAUUCGGUGCAUAUGAAUGUGAUCUUCUGUGUGGAAGCCUGCUGUCGAAAUGUAUUUGAAUGGUAACAAAUCCCCGUUAAUGCUUUCAAAAUAUAAAAUAAUUGCCCGUCCGAAUAUUGUGGCAUAUAUGGUCAUCCAAUAUAACUGCAGAAAUAAUGCGGCAUGGGCAUUAUAUUAUUUUCUAGUUUGGUCAGUUUGGAGUUCCCCCUCAGGCCAUGCCCAUCUUUGCCUCUUUCUCAGCUAGUUGCAUUGAUAAUUCUAGUGUUGAAAGUGUUCAAAUCAAACAGCAAAAUCAGAUUUCGCUGUAUCGAUUUACCUGUGAUUAUCAAAUGUAUUUUUCGACAA